AUGGCAGGGGAGACCUUCCCUUUCACCUCCUCCACCCUGCGCGCCCUCCGCCUGCAGCGGGAGUGGCUGGAGUGGGAGGACCGGCGGCGGGCAGCUGCCCGGCAGUGCCGGAGCCACAGGUGCCCCCCGAGCCCCCGGGCCCGGCUCACUAGGCCUCGCUGUGCCUGCCGUGACCCUGUGGUCCACAACGCUCUGUUCUCUGGCGACUUGCAGCAGGUCCAAGCCCUGUUCCGAGAUGAAGAGGCCGCCAACGUGAUCGUGGAGACCGUGAGCAACCAGCUGGCAUGGUCGGCUGAGCAGGUUCUGCACCUGAAAAUUGAAGGAGCUCCGGGUGACUUUGAUGGACCUUCCAGCUCUGCUUCUAUCCCUGGGCUUGUGAUUGGGAUGGCAGACACUAGGCUGGACCCGAAUGGAAAGGGAUGGUGCGCCAAGCUGCUGCUGGAGGCGGGAGCAACCGUGAAUCUGGCAGCCCGGGAGAGUGAGGUGACACCUCUGCAUGUGGCAGCAGCCCGCGGCCUGGAGAUGCACGUGGCCCUCUACCUGGAGCAUGGCGCGGACGUGGGCUUGCGCACCAGCCAGGGCGAGACGGCCCUGAACUCGGCGUGCGCGGAGGCCGAGGGCCCAGGCCGCAGCCUGCAGCGAGAGGCAGUGGCGCGCCGGCUGCUGGAGGCUGGGGCCGACGCCCGGGAGGCCGGGCGCAAGCGCCACACGCCGCUGCACAAUGCCUGUGCAAACGGCUGCGGGGGCCUGGCAGAGCUGCUACUGCAGCACGGAGCCCGCGCUGGGGUCCCCAAUGGGGCGGGCCACACACCCAUGGACUGCGCGCUGCAGGCCGUCCAGGACACCCCUAACUGGGAGCCCGAGGGCCUUUUCGCAGCGCUGCUGGACUACGGGGCACAGCCUGUGAGCCCUGAGAUGCUGAAAGUCUGUGCCUCCUUCCCUCGGGCUCUGGAAGUCCUGCUGAAUGCCUACCCCUGUGUCCCGUCCUGCAAUACCUGGGCUGAGGCUGUGCUCCCGGAGCUGUGGCAGGAGCACGAAGCCUUCUACAGCUCAGCCCUGUGCAUGGUGAACCAGCCCAGACGGCUGCAGCACCUGGCCCGGUUGGCUGUGCGUGUUCAGUUGGGUGGUCGCUGCCGCCAGGCUGCCACCCGCCUGCCACUGCCUCAGUUCCUCCGAGACUACCUGUUGCUGCGUGUUGAGGGACUCAUCCAGUGA